CUUACUGAAAGAUAUCGUGAUGCUAUUUUUGGUUCCGUGGACGACGCCAGGCCUGUUGCACGAGCAAUAUUGACUCGACGUCUCUUAAAUUUAUAUAAAAAUGUUCCUAAAACCAAAAAAACACCGGACCAAUUUGCUGGGAGUGGAUUGAUUCGAUUCAAACAAAUAAAUAAGGAUAGUCCACAGGGAUACCUCACCGCACCGUACGUCUGGCUCUGGAUAUUUGUAGAGGUAUCUAAUGACCAAGCAGAUCCAAUACUCCGAGAUUGGGAAUUUUCUGAUUAUGGAGAGCAAAGAGCACUCUUGAAUCCAGUAACAUCGUUGCAAGCCAAGUCAUGGCAGAGUUUUGAAAAAUUUGUCGCUUCAUUUCGUUGUUUAAAGUCAGCUGUGAUUGAAGAAGAUGAGCUAACGACGAUCUCGGAGGUUCAUGCGGGAGCGC